UCCUCCUUGUAGGGUUUUAUAGACUCCAUAAACCACAAUCCCUUUCUUAUCUCUCUUCUCCACAAACCCUAACAAUGGAGACCUCACAGUCUCCGUCCUCGUCAGCACAAUCAUCAUGCUGGAGCAACAUAGUAAAGAAUCCACCUCAACAACCGAACAACCAGAACCCGAGCCCGAACCCGACAAAUCAAAUAUUCGUGGAAAGCUGUAAGUCAUCAAAAGGGAUAUCAAUGGCAGUAAUCGAUGCAAACGCUGUAAUUGAAGGCGGUGAAAAGCUCCAUAAUUUAGCCGACAAGUUUGUUACAGUUCCCGAAGUUCUAGCCGAGAUUCGCGACCCGGUCUCACGUCACCGCCUUUCAUUUGUCCCAUUCACUAUUGACUCCUUGGAGCCUUCCACUGAUGCUCUGAAUAAAGUUAUUAAAUUUGUGAGAGCAACUGGUGACUUACAGACCCUGUCAGAUGUUGACCUUAAACUCCUUGCCUUGACUUACACAUUAGAGGCGCAGAUUCAUGGAACAAAACAUAUUAGGGAUGCUCCUCCUCCUAUCCAUACAGUUAAUGUGAAGAGGCUUCCUGAGAAGGAUAUGCCUGGCUGGGGUUCUAAUGUUCCUAAUUUGGAAGAAUGGGAAGCAUUAGAACAGGAAGCUGGGGAUGGAUUGAAUGCUGGUUCGAGGAUCCUUCCCUUGAAAGAGAUGAGCUUGAACACUAUCACUGUAGAUGACCAAUCUGAAGAUUGUGCUGUGGUGACUGGAAGUGAAGAGCAUUCUGAAAAUCACGAAGAUGUUGACCAUGGUUUGAGAAAGCAUAGGAGAUAUCCACCAAAGAAAAAAGAGAUAAGCAUCGAAGGGAAGAAGAUGGUAGCUGAUGGAAUUGAUGCAUCUCAGGGGCAGUUUGAUGAUGAUGCUGGUGAUUGGAUGCCUGCUGUCAGUCGAAGUACUCAUAGGAGGUUUCUUAGAAGGAAAGCUAGACGUGAAUAUAAUGAGGCAUUAAUUGAAAAAGAUAGUCGGGAAAAUAUGGAGAGCAACGAUAUCAAGGAAAUUACUAUUCCAGAUCCAUCGUUGCAUCAAAGUUCAGAAUCAGUAAAUGCUGGAAAUGGUAUUUAUGAGGAGAGUGAGAUGAAGAAUAAUGAUGAAGAUCUUAGUUCAAUUCUAACUAAAAUGAGGCUGGAAGAAGAAUCAGCGAAGGCUCUUCAAGAAGGGAAAGAAGAGAACAGCACUUCAGUGGGGCUUAAGUUUACGGAUAACAUGCAUCUGGAAGCUUCUGCUGACAGCAAUGCCAAUGUUGAUCUUGAAGCUAAUAUUGCCAAUGGAGAAUUAGAUCACUUGGACAUCUUAAGCGAAACCACUGAAACUGUUGAUGUGUCACAUGGUGAUGAUGAUGCCAGUGAGCAAAGCUGGAUGCUUAGAUCCUUAUCAGAGUCCAGCGUAGCUUGUGUAACUAGUGAUUAUGCAAUGCAGAAUGUACUUCUGCAAAUGGGAUUGCGUCUACUGGCCCCUGGAGGAAUGCAAAUCCGCCAGCUGCACAGGUGGAUAUUGAAAUGCCAUGCAUGUUAUACUGUUACUGCUGAGAUUGGGAGAAUAUUUUGUCCAAAGUGUGGAAAUGGUGGGACUUUAAGAAAGGUAGCUAUUACAGUUGGUGAGAAUGGAAUUGUUCUAGCAGACUGUCGUCCGCGGAUCAGUCUGCGUGGUACAAAAUUUUCACUGCCUUUACCACAAGGAGGAAGGGAUGCCAUAACUAAGAAUCUCAUUCUACGUGAAGAUCAACUCCCGCAAAAGCUUCUUUACCCCAAGACAAAGAAGAAAGUGAAUAAACAGGGCGAUGACUUCUUUGCUGUAGAUGACAUCUUCAGCCACCAUACUGAUAAAAGAGCUCCUUUCCGGCCACCGAUAAGGAAGGCGUUAGCAGUUUUCAGUGGAAGGAGGAAUCCCAAUGACAAUCACUACUCCCGACCGAAGAAUUGAUGGCAGUUUUACCUCACAAAAAUUUAUUAAUUAAUUUUCUUAUAUGUUACUUUGGAAUGGGCAACUGUAAUAGAAAGUGGUUUAGUAUCUUUACUCCUUAGUGACAGCAACUUGUCUUUUCAGUUCUAGUGUGAGGACCUAAGACUUGUCAUAUAUGUAAGUUUGCUCGUCAAUGAGCUCAAUUUUGGUA